UUUUUUUUCUUAUAAUCUAAAAGCACUUUUGUUAUGCAGUCAUUGUGUCAUGUGAUGAUUGGCGUGCAUGUCUUCCUGCCCCUUCUCAUUUGAAAAAACAAAAAAACAAACAAAAACAAAAAAAACCAACAACCACUGGCCAUUAUAUUAUUAUGUAUAUUAUAUUUCCUUUUAUGUUAGCCAAAUUACUGCGGCUUUUAUUUAGUUUGAUUUUCUUUUUUUUUAAAUGUUUGAAAAUUUAGUAAUGACAGAGUCAGCACUAAUGAAACUUAAAGCCAGCCGCGAUUGAACUACGUUAUCGUAGCUAAACAGUUAUAUAAAACAUGAAAAUGUUGGAAGUUAACUAUCAAACUUACAGUACAAUGUUUUAUUUACAGAACUCAUUGGACAGAAGCUAAAAACAAGUUUCAAUGCUCUUGAAGCGCAUACAGGCGUCUGCUUCAUAAUAGAUUAGCAAAUGUGAUUGUGGGCAAACGUUUUGGAUGUGUACAUCAGACAGCUAUUUGGUUACCGGGGUUCGAGAAGUUCUCUUAAUGAUAAUUAGCCGUUUAAAACUCCUCCUGUGAGUGUCUGCAUAUAAUUUGGUUUAGACAGUUUAAUUGUUUAUUGUCCGUACUGUGAAAAUGAUGGACAGCGAUUAAUUGCGAAAUGUUGGCAGAGUGAAUUAGGCUUGAGAGAGAGUUCUUAAUGAAGGCGUGGGCACAGUCUCUGCUGUGUUGCCAGAUCCAGCUAUUAUAAGCGUCUCAUAAAACGAAUAUGUUACAGAAUGCAAUAUGCAAACACUGGUCAUGAAGAAUGCUAUGCUAUUUCAUUCAGUUUGGCAAUUUACCUUUUACAAAGACAUGCUAAAAUCAGCAACAAACUUCUUACUAUAUUAAUAUAGCAAUGCUUAAUAGCGAAAGCUAUUACAGUAUUGUAGCACGAAUAAUAAAUAAUAAAUGUAUCCACACCUAGCAUGUAGUAAAGUAUCAACAAAUUGUGAUAAAAAAAAAAUAAAAAUAAGGUCUAAUUUAUCAAUGUCCUUGACACAUGUAAAAACUUUUAAAAUGAAUCUUUCUGCUUUCUGUCUUGUUUGUUUUCCACUGGAAUAAUUUAUAAGAAUGUUUCUUGAUUGCUACCUAAUAAUGUAUUCUCAGCAAUUUCCUACUGUAUACACUGUGUACAGUAUUUUACUGCAGAUUUUCAGUGCAUCCUGGGACAGUAUUAGCCUACUUUAAAUCUAAAUACAGUAGUAUUAAUUGACCAAGAAAAACAACCAAACAUCUCCACACGCCAUCGAUUUUUGUGAAGAUGAAAGCCCGUAAGAGUGUGGUAAGUUAACUUAUUUUUUUUUUUUUUUUAAUUUCUUUAUACGUUUUAUUCCGAUUAUGUUUGCAAGAUAUAGAGCUACAUUAAUUUCAAUAAGAAUAUGUGAGCAAGCGCUCAGGGGGGAGACUCAUCAUGAAGUCCUAAGCGUACGUUAAAUUGGUAGGUAUAUGUUAAAAUCAACCCAUUCUCAUCAAUACAAUAUUUAUACUGCGUAUAAAUAACACGGCUUUACACUUUCCAAUUGCAUGUAAUACAUAUGCCAAAGUCCAAUUUUGCAUGCAUAUGAUAUGCCAAUCCUUCCCAUUAACUUCUGUGGAGAGCAGAUGCGUACAAAUACCACGCAGCAUCUUCUACGGCAGUGACAUCACCAGUUUGCCCAGUUCACCUGAUGCGUGUACACCUUCAAACAGGUAAGAAAGGGCAACAAUCUUUCCCUUUCGAGGAACUCGAACUGCGCCCUCUAGAGGCCGCUAUGGGGAACGGCAUCACUGUGACCCGUGUCUGAAGUCUACAUACAAAAACAUCAACAGAGUUGGCCGGCGACAGCUUAUGACGUCACUUCCGGCGCGACUCAUCGCUACCGGUGCGACCACAGUAUAAAAGGACACCGGUAGAACACAACAUUCUCUUCUUCGUCUUCACUGACUCUUUGUCUGGAGCGUGCAUUUUGGUAAGAAAGAUUCUUUCUCUCUUCCUCAUACUAUGGCGAGCACUAGUAAGACGUUCAAGAAGUGCGCGGAUCCGUGUCCUCGUUUUUUGACACCUGAUGACACGCACGAUCUUUGCGUCUAUUGUUUGGGUGAGGAGCACGCACGCGAUGUCCUUGAGGGGGCAAUCUGCGUGCAUUGCGAGCUUUUUCCCAUGAAAAAGCUCCGUUCUCGUUUGUCACUCUUUUCGAGGAAAGAGGGGCAGGCGCCUGCUCCCCGCGGUUCAGGACCCUCUGCUGCCGAGGCACGGAGAAAAAUGAGCUUGUGGGGAUCGCAGGCUGACCUGGCUGAGGAGUUAAAAAAGGGACUUUCCCUUUCACGCUCAUUGGCCGGGGACAAGGACGAGCUGUUGGAUGAUGAUGAUGUUAUUUCUUUAACAUCAUCUGAUCCGGCAACUAGUGCUCUGUUGGGUCCUACCCAAGAAGAGCAAGAGAUGUCAGAGGGUGAAGAAGCUGAGGCUGAGCCUUCUCUAAUCUCUUGCCCUGCAUACAACGAGCUGUUAGAGGUUAUGGACCGCGCCAGGGCGAGGCUUGACUUGCCGUGGAAGCGGACUAGAAAGGUAGCAUCGCAGGGUCGUCUCGACGAACGUUAUCUUUCCGACCAUAGCCUCCCAGCUCAGGUGAGUCUUCCAUUUCUCCAUGCAGAGAGCGAGAAGGUAUGAAAAAAAGCUGUAUUCUUCACGCAUCCAUAAUUUUCCUCAUUCUAAUUAUGCUAAUAUUGAGGGGAUGCGUGAAUACGGCUAUGAGAAAAUGCCUCCUGUAGAAGAGACGCUGGCUAGCUAUCUCUCUAUGGGUGAAACAUCUCUUCUUAAGACUCCCUCUUUGCCAUCCAUACCCCUCCAAGUAACAUCUCGUUUGAAUGGCAAAGCGUACGCAGCAGCAGGUCAGGCUGUGGGUGCGUUGCACACGAUGGCAGUGCUUCAAGCACUGAAAGACCUGGACAAAGGUCAGGGUCUUUCCCCUGAUGAGAUGUCUGAGCUGCGCCGCACCACAGAUCUUGCUCUUCGUGCCACUAAGCAGGCCGCCACUGCCAUGGGCAGGUCUAUGGGGGCCAUGGUGGUUACGGAGAGACAUCUGUGGGUGAACCUGGCCGACCUCGGGAAGAAAGAGAGGGGCUUUCUUCUCAAUGUGCUGGUCUCGCCGUCUGAGCUUUUCGGUGCCUCCGUCGAGGCGGUGGUCGAGAAGUUCAGGGAGGCGAGGACGCGCUCAGCUGCCUUCAAAACCUUUAUUCCUCGAAGGUCCAGAUCUGAGCCCGAACAACACGGGGGUCCUGACUCGUCGCGUUCUGAGGAACGAAGACGAGCUCAGAAGACUAGUGUCGCAACUCGCGCCCCUCCCCCACCUGCGGGUGGUUCUAAGAGGAAGCGUGGGCCGAGAGAAGGCAGGCAAGACCUGAGGGAAGUGAUCCAGACGAGACAAUGUUCUCGCCUGGACCAGAGUAAAAAAUAAACAUCUACUCACUUUCCUCAGGGGUUUUUCCAUCCACCCUUUCUUCCCCUUCUCAAUUCAAAAGGUUAGGUGGUAUCUUCCUGCACGCUUCCCACCGGACCUAUGAUGUUUUAGGUUAGCUUUUAUGGUUAUAAAGCUACCUUUACUGAUGGUCUGGACAUGGAUCUUACCUUCUCAAUACUUUCUGAGUCAUGCGCGGGAACCACGGAUGGGUAGGUCCUCUUCGAGCACCCCCCUCUGGUCUCUGACUAUGGUUGUGGCCUGCUUGUCCUUGAUCUGCCUUCAUCAUGUAGACAUCAUGGCCACUUUUGGCUUUCAGGUCCUUACUACAGCACUACAACUAGGGCUACGGCCCUACCUCCAGGUAAACUCUUCAGAAAUGUUUUCUUCGCAGGAGGUUCCUGGUCACCCCUGACUGGACAUGUAUGCCUGAGAGGCCACCUUACUGAGCUCACUGUCUGCGUCCUGCCCUGUUUCUGGGUAUCCACCCAAUCAUCUUACAGACCUAUCCUUAUACCAUCUUGGUAAUUUAGUGAGUCGCCCCUCUGAGGAGUGGGCUUGACCACGCUAUUUUUUACCAUCGUAUGAGUGGAAGGUGUUUCUGCGGGAACCCUUCUCAGUGCAUUGGCUAUGGUCUAGGCCCCUGUUCGUGAGGUUCUGCGGGCCUUGCUAGAACAGGGCCUACGCUUUCUAUCAAGAUAGUAAGCACAGGUCUGCUUGGGUUGGUAGUGGCUCUUGCCCCCUCAAGAGAAUACCCGCAAGACAGCCCGAGGACUGGGGACGCUGCUGCUCUCUAUGCAGCCAUACAGUGUUGAUGGAUUCGUCUCUGCUGUGAUAUCUGAUAUCCUGUGAUCAGAUCACAUCUAGGCCUCUUUGACAGGGCAUGACGAUGCUCCCCUCGCUGCGGGAGGGUUUUCUUAGAGCUUGUCACCCCUGGGCGGAUCGGGUAUUCCUCCUGUCUCUCAGGAGUUUGAAGCCUGUCCCAGCGCACUAAUCUCUCACGCUGGUUAAGUGUAUCGGCUCCAUGGCAGUAUUAUCAGACAGCUAGCUGCGACUAACUGUCUGUUUGGAGUAGCGAUGCUUCCCUCACCUUGAGGGUCUGCUCUGAGCAUUGCCCCAACUGGGCAACUGAGGUUCGCCCUUACUGCCUUCCCCUUGGAGCCUUGUUUGGAAAGCCUGCAGAGCUCCCCUCAUUCUGAGGAUCAGCUACUAGCACACCGUUUCCAAGCGGUAUUUCUAAAAUCCAUUUUCAUGGUAAGGCCCACACGAACCCUUUGGCGCUUUCUCAAAUCCAUGUAUAUGGUAAGUGCACACGUGAACCCUGGGGCACUUUUCUAAAAUCCACAUUGUGGUAUGGAAUGCACCGGAGUUCUGCGUCCAUUCUAAAAUCCUUUACGGUAGGGAUUCACACGCUUAUGGCCCGUACCCUUGAGUUGCUUAAAACCCCGGUCACCUUGGGUUCCACUCCUUGUGAGCAUCUGCCAGGCUAAAGUAACGGUAAUUCUUGUGCUAGUUCAUGCGCACCCUCUAUGAUAUGGGUUCACGCUCAAACUCGUGCCCAUUCUCUGAGUUGGUUGUUCCCGGACACCUUGGAUACCACUCUACUUGCGCAUCCUGAGCAGGUUGUUGCUACCUAUGUUCUGUAGGACGGUUUCUGAGGGAACCUAUGCAGAGCCCACGGUAGCCCCCUAUGUGACAGGCCAAACCUAGGUGAAACCGUAGGCAUUCAACCAUAUCCCCUUAAAGGAAUAUCUUCUAAUUCCAAGCUUUGAGCUCUACCCCGGGUCCAGCAUAUCCAACCCCUUUCAGGUAAGUCUUGGGUAUGAAGCUCAGGCUUUUUGGCCAAAGGGGAUAAUGUCACUGACACCCGUCACUACGUCUCAGGGGCAACUACCUUAAGCUUAAGGCCAACUCUUUUGAUGUUUUUGUAUGUAGGCUUCAGACACGGGUCACGGAGAUGGCGUUCCCCAUAGCGACCCCUAGAGGACACAGUGUCUCGUUCCCUUCUCAGGGAACCAAGGUUACAUACUUAACCU